AUGGCGUCCUCCUCCUCCCCCUCCUCGUUGUCCUCCAUGAGCUCCUCCUCCUCCGCCGCCAUGUCGUCCACGAGCGCCGCUGCCUCCUCCUCGCCGGCCCCCGCCCCCGCCGCGCCGGCCCCUGCACCCGCCCCGCCGGUGCCCGGCCUGCUCGACGACACCGCUUUUCCGCCUCUGGGUACCGAGCCACCGCGUCCUCCGAGGAGCGGGAUAGCGGCGGGCCCUACGACGAGCGCGGAGCGUCGGAGCGGACGGGAGACUAUCAUCGCCAUCGGCCUGCCGCUUUCCCUCUACGGGCGCCGGGGGCUUGCCGCGGCGGGGACUGCGGCCACGCCCGAGGAGCUUGAUGCCGCGGCGGAGACCGCGGCCACCAACGAGGAGCGCGAGUCGGAGACCGCGGCCACCGACGAGGAGCGCGAGGCGGAGACCGCGGCCACAGCCGAGGAGCUUGAUUCCGCGGCGGAGACCGCGGCCACCGACGAGGAGCGCGAGGCGGGCGGUACCGCGCGGGCGACGAGCUCUACCGCGGCGACCAUCUCCGCGCGCCCGCCGAUCUGCGCGUCUCCGGGAAGCCUCGCCGAAGCGGCGGCACUUCUCUCAGGGGCUCCCACCCUGUCGCCAGCUGCGCAGGCGUUCGGCGGCUACAGGUUUGGGACCACCUUCGGCGACCUCUUCCAGGACCUCGAGGCGCUCCAGAUCGAGCCGCCGCCGCUCUACUACCAGCCGUCGCCGCCCCGCGACCUCAGCCUGGUGCCUACGGCUCUGGUUCCGCUGCAGGGGCCGCCGCCCCAGUUCGUGGCGCCGCGCCUCGCCCACUACGGCAACGCGACGCGCCCGAUGCAGUUCGCGGCGCCGCCGCAGCACACGAGGUUCCACCUCUACGCGCCAGGGCGUCCGGCGCUGUUCGUCGACAUACGCGCCUACUCCUACACGCCGCCUUCGCGGAGGUACGACGACUUCGCUCCGACGCCUCCGCUGCCGUUCUUCCACCCACAGGGACAGGGGGCGGCCUUGCAGGGACCUCUGCCCCAGUUCGUGCCGCCGCGCCUCGGGAUACAGCCCCACCUUGCCCACUACGGCAACGCGGCGCCGCACCACCACGCGGCGAUCCAGCGGUGCCAGGAUUGCUGGAUCAAGCCGCCGGCUGUGCAGCUUGACCCCUGCGGGCACGUCUCCCUGUGCGAGGACUGCUACGACGGACGGCAGCGUUGUCCGUGUUGCAGGACUUGGAUCGAGUGGGGUCCCGUCUAAAAUCUGUCAGCCUAGGAUGAGCUGCAACACCCGAAUGUCGACGGAACAGAGUGGGAGUUCUUCGCAAGUUCAGAGUAGAUGAAGAUCAGAGUGGGAGUUCUUCGUUCGGGAUACGAUGACAGCAGAACUGGACGUCUACGUUUGCCUAUAGAAUACAUAGAUAUGGUUUAGAAAAAUGCAAUCAGCAGCUCUCAUGUUUCUUCUGCUAGCUAAACUCGCUCCGUUCC